UUGAAUCUUAUUCUUUUUUGUUUCCCACACUCCAAAAUUGGCGGAAAAAAGUGAUGAUCAUUUCACUUUCUUGCAGAACUGUACAAAAUGGACCUUAAGCUCGGACAUAAUGGCUUUAUAGUAUUGCUCCUUGGAGUGUGUUUUUGUCUCUGGAACCCUUGGUCAGUGUGACAUUAAUUAAGGAGCUUCUUUGGUUCUCUCUUUCAUCAGUAGUAUUAUCCAGUGGUCGACUCUGAAUCCUGCGAUUUCGCAAUCGAAUUAGUGCAAGAUGUGUUGUGAUCUUGAAGUGGAUGUUAAUGGCCAAGGGAUAUUCUAUGUCAACAAGAAAAUCCUUUCAUGUUAUUCGGGCAGAAUACGGAAAUUAUUCAUGAAAUCCAAUGAUAAGUCUAGUAGGCUGAAGCUGAUUUUCCAUGAUUUUCCGGGAGGAGCAGAAGGGUUUCAACUGAUAACACAAUUCUGCUAUAAUGGAGGCAGCCUGAGCAUAUCUCCCUCCAAUGUAAUUUUAUUGCAUUCUGCUGGCAUUUUUCUGGAAAUGAAUGAAACUAACUCUGGACCAUCCAGUUUGGUAAGCCAAACUGAAGAGUACUUCAGGGGAUCAGUCCACCAAUGGGUCUGGGCUGAUCUGCUAGAAUGCUUGAAGCAAUGCCAAUACUUGCUGCAUUUCAUAAGUUCUUCGGAUAUGUUUCGAAAACUUUUGGAUUGCGUCGUUGGAAGGCUUUUGCCCUGUUCCUUUCCCAGUCCUUAUGCUUCUUCUACAGACAGUUCAUGUAUAAAUUUUUCAGGAGAUAUGAGUAGAGAAAGCAUCAGCAACUACAGCUCAGAAACUACAACCAACUCGUGGUUUGAAGACUUGGUGUUCUUAAGGAUUGACAUAAUAGAGAAGCUUGUGGAGACUAUGAUUUCAAAGAAAUGGGACACCAACACAAUAUCUUCUUUCCUGUUUCAUUAUCAGAGAAUGAAAUUCAAUAGUACUCUGGUGGUCAAAAGAGCGGAAAAGCGCAGAAUCAUAGAGACCGUGAUCGAUCUUCUUAGUUUGCUGGACAGGAGCCUUAUUUCUAUCAGGCAUCUUUUCUAUAAUCUUCGGCUUUCUGUACCUUUGAAACUGAGUAAAUGUAGCAAGAAGCAGUUAGAAAACUUAAUCGGUUCAGUUCUGGACAAGGCGAAUUUGGAUGACUUGAUUUUUCCAUCUCCACCUGAGAAGAAUCAUGCAUAUGAUGUGGAUUUGAUUCUGAGGUUACAGAAACAAUUCCUGCUUGAAAGCACUGAGACAUUUCCCAUGCAUCGUUCGAAGAAAGUUGCGCUUUUGCUGGACUCUUACAUUGCAGAAGUAGCCCCUGAUCCUAAUCUCCAAUCAUCAAAAUUUGUUGCAUUAACUACAGCUCUUCCUGCUAUUGCCAGAGACUCUCAUGACAGGAUUUAUCAGGCAUUAGAUAUGUAUCUCAAGGUUCAUGACAAGCUUUCUAUUGAAGAAAGAAUUAAAAUCUGUGAAGUCCUUGACUACCAAAAACUCUCAGCUGAAUUCUUGAUUGAGUUAGCACAAAACAUGAGUUUUCCAGGUUCCGCAAGGCUAGCUGCUUCUUUCUCUCACCACUCCAAGCUUAGAAGUAUCUCCAACAAUGAAGGCUAUGUUACCAAGAGGUUCAGAACAAACAUUGUGGAUGACAGGUUUGAUUUGAGUAGGGGAAAACAGACUGAAGUAGAGAAGUUCACAGAAUUUGGUUUGACUUGUCCAGACAAUAUCAAUCCCAUUCCUGCACUAUGAUCCAUAAAGCAGAGCUAUUGCCAUUAGGAAUUCUGUACAGUUUGUGGUAAAAUGUGAUUACAGUGGAUUUUGUUCAACCUGUUUGGUUUUCUUGAUGUCAAUGAUUCAUCAAAUAUGUAAAGAACUAUGCUCCGCAAGUAAUUGAAAAAGAAUGAUGAUUCAAUCAAAG